AUGUUUAUGUGUGCUGUUGCAAAGCCAAUUACAACUGAAGGUGAUGUUAUUUUUGAUGGUAAGAUAGGCAUUUGGCCAUUUAUUACACAAAAGCCAGCAAAAAGAAGCUCUAAGAACAGGAAAAGGGGGGAGUUAGAAACAAAACCAAUACAAUCAAUCACGAAAGAGCACAUUAGAGCAAUGCUUAUCACUAAUGUGCUGCCAACCAUAAGAGCAAAAUGGCCUGCAGAAUUGUCAAAGCAUAUUUACAUUCAACAAGACAAUGCCAAACCACAUAUAGCACAUAAUGACAGAGAAUUUUUAAAAGAGGCAAUGAAAGAUGGAUUUAAUAUGCAAUUAGUGCAACAACCUCCAAAUUCCCAUGACAUGAACGUACUAGAUCUAGGUUUUUUUAGAUCAAUUCAAGCUUUGCAAUAUCAAAAAGCUGCUUACAAUGUAACAGAAUUAGUUAGGGCUGUGAAUAAUGCAUUUCAGAAUCUAAGUCCACAAUAUUUAAGGUUUGUAUUCAUCACUUUACAAGCUUGUAUGAUAGAGGUCAUGAAAAGACAAGGGGGGUUUGACUAUCACAUUCCUCACAUGAAUAAAACAAAGGUAGCAAGGGAAGGGACUUUACCAGAUUACCUGAGUAUUGAAAAACAACUGGUUGUUGAUUCACUUUAA